AAAGUGUGCUGAGUGUGAAAAAAGCUGAGCCGUGAGGAAUCCAGGCAGUGAAGGUCUUCACUUUGUUCAUCAGUGCCUCAGCCUCCGUCCAGAGCCAGGGAGUCAAGAAGUGGCUGCUGGACCCAGAGCAAUGCAGUGGCCUACACUGUGGGCCUUUUCAGGACUGCUCUGUCUCUGUCCCUCCCAGGCUCUGGGUCAGGAGAGAGGUGCCUGUCCAGAUGUUAAGGUCGUAGGUCUGGGGGCCCAGGACAAGGUGGCUGUCAUCCAAAGUUGCCCUGGCUUUCCUGGCCUACCUGGGCCCAAAGGGGAGCCUGGAAGCCCUGCUGGAAGAGGAGAACGGGGCUUUCAGGGCAGCCCAGGGAAGAUGGGACCUGCCGGCAGCAAAGGAGAGCCAGGAACCAUGGGGCCCCCGGGAGUUAAAGGGGAGAAAGGCGAUACAGGAGCUGUGCCAUCUCUGGGUGAAAAGGAGCUGGGAGACACCCUGUGCCAGAGAGGAGCCCGGAGCUGCAAAGACUUGCUGACACGGGGCGUCUUCCUGACUGGCUGGUACACCAUCCAUCUUCCUGACUGCCGGCCACUGACUGUGCUCUGUGACAUGGAUGUGGACGGUGGGGGCUGGACCGUUUUUCAACGACGAGUGGACGGGUCUGUCGAUUUCUUCCGAGACUGGAACUUCUAUAAAAGAGGCUUUGGCAACCUGGGCACAGAGUUCUGGCUGGGUAAUGACUACCUGCACCUGCUCACAGCCAAUGGGAACCAUGAGCUCCGAGUCGACUUACGAGAUUUCCAAGGUAAAGCCUCCUAUGCCAAGUACAGCUCAUUCCGGGUGUCUGAAGAACGGGAGAAAUACAAGCUGACCUUGGGGCGGUUUCUGGAGGGCACUGCAGGAGACUCCCUGACAAAGCACAACAACAUGUCAUUUACAACCCAUGACCAAGAUAAUGAUGCAAAUAGCAUGAAUUGUGCAGCUUUGUUCCAUGGAGCCUGGUGGUACCACAACUGCCACCAGUCCAACCUCAACGGGCGCUACUUGUCUGGCUCCCAUGAGAGUUAUGCGGAUGGCAUCAACUGGGCAACUGGCCAAGGUCACCACUACUCCUACAAGGUUGCUGAGAUGAAAAUCCGAGCAUCUUAAGGUGCCCCAGUCUCCACCCAGCCUUGCAGCCAUGUCCAGGCCAUGUGGGGACACUGAAGGGAGGGAUCUCUAGAAGUUGAAGUCUGUGUGCUUAGCUAUUGUGGGCUCUCUACACUCCCCUCUGGACACUGUCCAGCCCUGACUACUAUGCACUAAUAAAGGUCAGAGAAGCAGA